GUCGUUCUUAUACAGCACGUGGAAACGUGACAGGUUUUCAGUCUUAACGAUCAAAAAGCGAUUGGUGACGGUUUGCAAUAUUAGUGUCAACGCAUUUGUAUAAUGCCAACGUCGUCUGCUAUUGCUAGUAUAAAAUAAAUAAGAGGGAAAACUGUCGCAUGAUGAACAGAGAAGGAGACAGAGGCGGAAAGAAUGCGCCUAAGAGCCAGAAGCCAUCCAGGGUGUCCCAACAGGGAAUCGUCCAGAGAAGGAAAAAUGAUCCCGCCUCGGAAGAGACACAAGGUGGUGGCCAGCAAAGAGCAACAUCGACAGGCUAUCGUGGCUUUGGGAAAGAGGGGAAAACAACGGGGAAACGUCCGCUGAGCGCCGUUGCGGAAUGCCAGAGACGUUCCGGUACUCCGAGAAAAGUCUCCGACACCAGCAACACGUCGGAGGACCUGAGCAAAGACUCCGGCUGCUUGUCGGGGAAAUCCUCCUCCGACAGCAGCUCGGAAAUAUCCGAUUGUACGUGGGAGGGCAACAAGCGCGACUGUCUCAUCAGCGACAAUGAAUUAAGCUGGACAGACAGGAGAGCUUACGAGGGGCAGGUUUGUGUCGACAAAGACGACUGCAAAGAGCGCGUAAAAACAGCGCACACUGCUUGCUCUCCUCCCCUGGAUGCUGUUGGAGGAGCCCUCACUUUGAUCAACUCUUCAGGGGCCGUUAUGGACCUCUUGAUGGUAGACUCCACCGAUGACCUGGUCAGGGAGGUGGAAGAUUUGAGGUCAGAGAAUGAGUAUUUGCGGGAUGAGGUGGAGGAGCUGCGCUGCGAGAUGUUGGAGAUACGUGACAUGUUCCAGGAGGAGGAGUUACGCCAGCUGCAGGAUCUGCGACAACAGCUGGAGCAGGCCAACAAGACGUGCCGCAUCCUUCAGUACCGUCUCCGCAAGGCCGAGCGACGCAGCAUCAGAGUGGCCCAGACCGGCCAGGUGGACGGGGAGCUGGUCAGGACCCUAGAACAUGAAAUCAAGGUUGCAAAGAGCGUGUCCCUGCGACUGUACAACGAACUGGAAGGAGUGCAAAAAAAGAAUGGGCAGUUGGACUGGGAGAAUGAGAUGCUUCGAGAGAAGACGCAAGAGCUGGAGGUGGCCAAUCACGUCUUGCAGGCUGAGUUGGAAAAAGCCAGAGAGAGCUUUUUAAAGAAGCGAAGCACCAGAUCGACGGCCAGUAAAACCGAGCGAAGGCUCUCUCAACAGAUUGAGCAGGAAGACGGUGAUCUCAAGUGCCAACUCCACUUCGCCAAGGAAGAAUUGGCUCUCAUGUGCAAGAAACUUGCCAAAAUGGUGUCUGAGAGUGAGGUCAUGCACGAGCGGCUAGCCGGCUACCGUUCGGCUUACGGCGACCUCGACGCAUCCCAAUCGCCUGAGAGCAGACAAAAGUCCGCCUAUGCCAGGGAGGCGGAGGUCAAAGUUCACUUGAAACUGGUGGAAGAGGAGGCCAUGCUAUUGAGCCGCCGCAUCGUCGAGCUGGAGGUGGAGAACCGCGGACUGCGGGCGGAAAUGAACGACUUGAGAGAGAGAGAUGGCGGAGGUGGAGCUGAGGAGGAGGUGAAUCGGAAUGUUAUGGAUGAACGGCUGUCACCUUCCACUUUGAGGAAAAACAGAAAAGAAAGAGGUCAGAGUUUGAAAAUGACAAGCGGUCUGCAUGACGAAAAGGGAGCAGUGGACACCGAAGGGCAGCUUCCCUCUUGUCACGUCACAAGAGAAGGUCCCGUAGGGGGCGAGCGGGACCCAUCAGAGAGCGUUGGCGACAAGUCACCUGACGGCAGCCUGAAAGGAAUCACCAAGGUGGAUUAUGCAACUCUCGCAGCUCUCCGAGAUCAUUCCUGCAUGUUGAGUUCCGCCAUCCAGCUCAUGAAAAUGCCACCAAAAAACAGCCAUUGCUCAUCUCCCUCCAGCGCGCUCACCCCACCAGCAGAUGGUAAAACGCAGUCAGUAUUCUUGCCAGCACCUUUGAACGAGGCCCUGGAGCUUCUACAGGCCAUGUUGCAGGCUUUUAUCUUGAGGAUGGAGGUGCUUCUAAGUGGCAAAAAUUCCCCUCGCCAGGAAAGUCACCUAUGGGCUUCCUGCAUGCUUUCUUCUCUCAGUGGAGAAUAUGUCAACCAGGACACUAUCAAUCAAGGUUUCAUAGAAUCAGCAAAAGAGCAGGAAUUCGUUCAAGUUCUCUCUGUCGAUGUGGAUGAAAGAGCAAAACAAACAGCACGAGGGCUGACGUCCAAAUGGGACCUGAGAGCGCAGCUGUCCAUGAAAAUUCUGUGGAUCCUCCAUCAGUGGUGUCACGACUCUGAACUAGAAGCAAAAGAGGUGAAGGCCAAACGCAUGAACAUAUUGCAAGAUUUGUUGCAUAGCAUCAGUGUUGAACUCCAGGAGGAAACGCAUGAUGGCCAGGCUAUUGGUGUUCGGAACAAGGCAACAGAGUGUGCUGUCAUUGGUGUUGUCACUGCUGAGGGACGCUCUGGCGCUGACAGAAUGUGCAGCUCCAUAAGGCAGAAACUUCAGCGCCAGUUUUCUCCACAAGCCUACAAGAGGAAGAACUGGUGUUAUCUGAGCCAGCAGGCUGCCCUACUUGACCAGGAGCAGCCUGUUAAGACGUGGGACCAUCUAAUCAUGCCACUUAGCUUCCCUGAUCUUGAUUUUGACCAGAUGUUCAUGGAGAAAAGCCACACUGCUCCAGAGAAGUCAGCUCUGCGCAUUUACUACAGCCCCCCGUCCAAGCGCAGAGUCCAGCUAGCUCAGCUUAAGCAAAGCUCCGAAAGUGACAGAGAAUCUGACACGCAGUCUCCCUGGUGGACGCCGCCGACCUCCUUUUCAAUGCUUUGUGUUGGCUCUUCAGCCAACCUGAGCGACGACAUGAAGGAGAUGGCUGUUGGCUGGAGGCAGGGGAGUCACAGCGGCUCACAGGUGAGCAGAACAAGAUUAGCGGGCCAAGGAGUAGAUAUGGCCUGCUCCGGUACGCAGACUCAUAUGAGGCCGUUGAUGGUGAGUAUCGGCCUGCAGACCGAAGGACCCCAGGGUCCUGUCACGGUGAGAAACGGCCCCUCUCGGGCGGUCAACUCUGCUCUAGUCUCCUCCCGCUCUCGUAGCAUCUCCACCUCACUGGACAGACUAACAACUAGAACCGAAAGGUCCAGACUCACCGCCUCCUCGCCGAAAUUGUAUCGAAGUCAAUCAGCAUCCGGUGCAUCUUCUAACUUAAGCUCCACAACUACAGCACACACACGUGAUCGAACGCUGUGGAAUCACCAAAGCCACUCUGGCCAAAUGAGUCACAGACCUGCUGCAGGAAUGAACCUCGGCCCUCGUCUUUGUGAGCCUCCAGGCCAGAAUCUAAAGCCCCCCAACAAAUCUGCAGGGGGUUUGGUCACCGAGUUUCUACGCCGUGUGAGUGGUCGGGCAGACCGACCGGGGUCGGCCCAGAAGAUGAAAAGCAGCCUAGAGCGCAUUCCCUUGAGGGCUUCUGCGUCCUCGUUGCCGAGGAACGAUGGUGUCACCAAGAUAGUCAACCACAGGUUCAUGAGACGGAGAGAAGAGGUCAAUCGUGCCCAAAGGGAAACUGAGCCAAAACGGAGCAGCAGGAUUAAUGGUGCCACAUACAGCCUGAGAUCUCCCAUGGCAGAGGAUGGAAAUUAUGACUGCAGCUCCGGCAGCACCCUAACCUUCUGCUUUGCUCGUCCAUUUCGAUCUACUCAGCGACAAACGUCCAACCAGAGCAAAGUCACAAGAUCCCAAACUGCUGAGCACAGUUGUGAGUGAAGGACAAUCAGUUUGCUGAUCUCACAGCACAACGAAGAGGGCAGAUGGUGAAGUGAUGGAAUUGAUGUGAGAGUGUUGUGGUGGACUUUGUUCGAUUUGUUUUAUGGUGUGAGUAAUUCUUUCAUUCACAAUGGGCCUCAUUUACGACCAAAUGCAAAGAAAUGUUCUUACCGGUACUCUGUGCACAAGUUCAGUGUACACGCAAAAUCAUGAUUAGAUUCAUGACGUGCGGCAUAUUUUCUUCUCCCCACCAUGCAUAUUCAUUCUAAUUGAUGGGCUCAUGCCUGCGAUCUGCAUCAACCCUACCCCUAUAUAAGGACAUCCGUUUAAUGCAUCAAAAUGAGAUCAGCGAGGAGGUUUGAAGUUACGAGAGACAUUACGGCAAGGCGGAAAUUGAAGUUAUUGUGUCAAUGACGUAAGCAAAGAAAAUGCCGCUUAUUCAAAGGGUUUAUACCAGAGUGUGGAUGACAAACAAAAUCCAUAACUGGGCCUCGAUCACGGAGGCUGUCAAUGUAGUGUCACCUGACAUCCGCACCGUGACUCCUGUGAAAAAAAAUGUGGCUGAAUUAAACUGGAUGGAAAGAAAGGGACAUUGGAGAAGAUAACUAACGAAAAGGAAAUUGAAAGAAGACACCUGAUCUCACUCCACAAGAGGAGCGAAAAAUGGCUCUAAUCAGAAACUCUGUCAUCGUUGGCAUAUGUGAAUGGAACGAAUGUUAAAGUGAUGACAUUAAACUGUCAUUUACAGGUUCUAUUUUGUUGGUCCCUUUUUGAUAUUGUCUUGCAAUGGAUGAGUGAAGAUGAGUGUUUUAUUUCACUGACAUGCCCAUAUGUUGUAUUGUACAUUUAGCGUUAAAUUGAAACUUCAAGGUUGUGAGUA